GCAAAAGCGCCUUUAAUAUCAAUGAAAAGGAUUUUAGGAUAAGAAAGCAUAUAAUAAAUCAGUUAGUUAGUUAGUAGGAUACAUCUAUCUCUAAAACUGUUCACUAGAUUGUACAUAACUGUUCACUAGAUUGUACAUUGAUAGGUAAGUUGCUUCCUCAAGAGAUGUGAUUUUGUUAUGGCAACGACAUAAUAAACUCAGAUACUAUGCUGCUAUUAAAAACUGCUGAUCUUGUUCUCAUGUCUAAUCUUAAACCUUAAAUUAAACCAACAUCAACAUAUUUAUAGAAAAGUUAGACUCAGAAGCACGUUUAGAGGCAGUAGCCUUAAAAGCAUCUAAACCUGUGGCAUUGGUAGAGUGAAAAGCUUCAAAUUAAUAGUACUACUAGACGUUUAAGUUUUUGAUAAAAACGUUCCUCUAAAUAUUUAAAAAGUGUGGGUUUCAUGUAUGUUUUUUUGACAUGUCAAAAUAACAGAUCUGUUAUUCCUUUAAAAAGUCUAUUUGUCGAUUCUAGGAGAAAGGUUAUUGUAGUCAUAUCCCAUUUUCUUGAAAGAUGCAUCUGCCUUUACUUCAAGCAGUUAACUUUCGGUAAAAAUUCUAAAAAAUAUCGACAACACCCUUCAAAAAUUUCUUACCAAUGGAUGAAAUAGAAAAAAAAAGACUGGCCAAAAUUAAAGCACCAGCUUGUGAUACCCAGUAGUUGGUAACUGCUCGGAAAUGUGGACUUAGCUUCAAUUAUUAUUACCAGGAAAUAGCUUUGGCUCAAUCGAUAAGAUUAGGUAUGGAAGCAAGAUAUAAUGUUGCAGCUAUUGAUUUUAUUGGAUAAUUUUCUAACGCAAGUUUCUUAUUUGUUUCAAUAUUUGUUUAUUUAGUUUAAUCAUAGGUACUUAAACAGCAUGUGCAAUUAACAUGCAUGCAUACUUACUACUUCUCUGCUUUGCAGAAAAUAAUGAAAUAAUACAGUACCUUAUUAUCGACUGUUUCUUUGCCGGUGGCCUUUUCUUCUGACCACUAAGUGUGUGUAAGAUGAAAUUAACCUUAUACACUUUGUGGUCAGAAGUCAAACACCAUUGAGAAGGGGGCUAUAGCCCCCACUUUUUGCCAAAAAAUGCAAUAAAUCUACCAAUGGAUCAAAUCAAAAUAAAUCAAACUACUUUUUAUUUGGUUUUAGCCCCCUCACUAUUUCAGCCCUCCCACUGUUCUCAACACACCGCGGUGCCUGAGAAGCACUUGCAUUUUGACCCUUCUAAUAUUGUGCGCCUACAGGGAUGCCAGAUUAGAUUUUGGGGUGAGGAGGACUCCAGACAGUUUGGCAAGCUUUUAUGGUAAUUUUCCACCACUACCUUCGAUAUGAUGACAUUAAUAUCACACUUCAGCAAAAAAUGAGGGGAUUACAGCCCCUCUUUCCCCCCGGCUCCGGCGUGCCUGGCCUAAAGUCUAUUUGGCACCUAAGAAACAAUCAGUGUCCAUUCAAAUGGUACCAAGACAAAUGGUACUAAGACAAAAAGUUGCCUCUUAUUGAAACCGAGACUUAAGGUAGGCCAUGAGUCAAAAUAUCCACAUGGCGACCUAGUUGUAAUCUAGAACGCUUCUUCAAAUGGGGAAAAUGACGAAGAGAAAGCAGAAUGAAAGUGGUUGGAAAUCUGUAGAAAAAGGAAAUGAAAAUGAAAGCCUCAAUUCGAAUGGCACAAUCCCAGAAAAGAAACUGAAAUCUGAAGAAAAACUAGUUACAAGCAAAGAGGAAAGAGAGAGAUUCCAACACAGUUUGUAUCGACCACCAACUAGUGAUGAAUUAAAUGACCUAAGGGAGACUGAAGAUCUUUACAAAAAUAAUAUAUUCAGAAUGCAGAUAUCCUAUCUACUUGAAGAGGUUAAGAUGACUGACAAAAAGAGUUCCUCUGUUGAAGAAUUUCUUCGUUUACUACAUAAAUAUUUGAAUAAUCUGGAUUCAACUGAAAAAUUUGAUAUAUCUGAUCAUUCCUGGAUGCAUGAAAAUAUCAAAGUUCCUAUACCAGAUUUACCUUCAAAAAUCCAAAAAGGAAAAAUUCAAUUUGGGAAACCUUCUUGUAUUAAAGUAAUUGGAAGUUAUUUGCUGAAAACUGCAACAAAGCCAAAUUAUGCAAUUGACAUUGGUGUGGGAAUGCCUGAGGAAUCAAUGCAAGCCAAAGAUAACUUGAAUUUCCGUUACCAUACCAAGAGAGCAAUGUACUUGGCCUUUCUUGCUUCCCAUCUUCAGAAAUGGAGUGAGGUUGCUACCAUUUCAUACAGCAGGAUACAAAAUCAACCUUUCAGACCAGUUCUUUGUUUAAAACCAGCAGGAAAAGCUGGGAAAAAAUAUACCAUAAAAAUUCACCCGAUGCUGCCAGAAAAUAUGUUCAAGCUAUCCAGAUUUGCCCCUCUGAAGAACAAUGUCCGGUUAAGUUGGUACAAUGGAAAGACUCUUGAAGACCCCAAUGCUGAUUUUGGAUUUCCAACUCCAAAAUACAAUGCAAGUGUACUUUGUGACAUGCUCUACGAGAAUCACUUGACAACACUCUACGAGGCAACUGCCAGUUGUGAGGGCUUAAAAGACGCUAUCCCGUUGCUAAAGGUUUGGCUCAAACAGCGAGGUCUUAUUGAGGGAGAAAGUUGCUUUAAUGGAUUUCAAAUGUCAAUGCUGCUGUCUUAUUUGCUGCAAAAGAAAAAAAUAUCCCCUCAUAUGAGUGCAUUGCAAAUAAUCAGAGUUGCUUUGCAAUACCUUGCUACAUGUGAUUGGGCAACCAAAGGAAUCUCGUUGGCAGAAAAUGACGACAACAAUUCUCUGCCAGAUUUGACAGAAUUUCAUUCUGUGUACGAUGUCGUCUUUGUCGAUCCCUCUGGGUACCUGAAUUUGUGCUCCAAUAUGAGAAAGUCAACUUUCCGCCUUCUGCAACUUCAUGCAAAACUUGCGAUCGAGGCCUUGCAGGACAGAGUUGUCAACAAUUUCGAUUCACUGUUUAUGAAGCCUACAAAAUUUGAAGAAUUUUAUGAUCAUUGGUUCAGAUUUAUAGAUGCCAAUGCUCUUAAAGGUUUAGCAAAAAAGGAAAGCCUAAAAGCACAAUUAGUUGACUCUGGUGGUGACUGGCUGCCCGUAGUGCUUGCAAGCAUCGUACCAAAGCUUGUACAAGGGCUUGGCAACAAGAUUCAGGAUUUGCAGAUUAAACAGCAAUGUGCUCAGGAGUGGACAGUUGAUGUUGCGCCUCCGCAGUCGUCCAUAACUGACGCCACCAUCGGGUUUUUGAUUGAUCCUGACCACGCCGAAAAUAUUAUUGAUAUCGGACCUCCAGCAGAUGACCCUAAGGCUAAAGAAUUUCGCACUUUUUGGGGCGCAAAAUCCGAUUUGCGUAGAUUCAAGGAUGGUAGCAUAAACGAGGCUGUUCUUUGGGAGGCUUCAAACAAGGCCGAAAAGAGGCUGGUUUGUAAACAAAUUGUGGAGUUCUUACUUCAAAGGUUCUUCAAGAUUCCUCCAUUAGCAAUUGAGUACUUCGCAGAUCAGCUAGACUCGCUUGUGCGACCAAAUUAUGUCAUCGAUGACGAGGAGACUCCCAAGGGCAAGCAGGAAGCAAAACAUUAUUUGACGUCUACAGGCGAAGAAGAAUCGUUAAAAGUUUUGUAUGCUCUCGAUGAACUGAGUAAAAUGAUAAGAAACCUGAAAGACCUCCCAUUAGAUGUCAACUCCAUCCAAGGAGCGCGGCCUCCCUCAAGGUUAACCGAGGUCUUUCCACCUAGGCCAACACCUCGAAAAGAUAAACAAAAAUCAACAUUUUCUGUGCCCUCGACAGACUCCAGGACGUUUUGGUCUCCUGCAAUAGAAGUUGUUUUGCAGUUUGAAGGAAGUGGAAAAUGGCCGGAUGAUAUUGAAGCAACACAAUACGUGAAAGCUGCCUUCUACAUAAAGCUUGCAACACUUCUGAGUUCAGCUUAUUCCCUGCCAGCCCACGCGAACAGCCAGUAUGUGGACGUCAUGCAUAAUGGGUUUGUGUUCAGAGUCAAAAUCUUUUACCCGCGUGAAAUACAGCUAUGUAAACAAUCAAAGGAGGGAGAUGGAGUGUCAUCUAGAAAAGAAUAUGAUAAAUUUGCGCGAUCUCUAGAUGUCAACAUGGUGAAAAGGCCAUUGCACACCACAAUGAUACAUAGCUUAAAUCAGAAGUUUAGUGCUUAUGCGAUGACGACAAGACUAUCGUUGAGAUGGGUGUCAUCACAAAUGCUUAGCUGUUACCUUACUGAAGAGGCAGUUGAAUUGAUCGUGGCGUCUCUCUUUCUCAAGCCGAUGCCACAUAAGCCCCCCAGCUGUCACUUGAGUGGAUUUCUUCGAUUUCUGACGCUUGUUUCUACCCAUGACUGGCAAAGCGAGCCUGUAAUUGUUGAUUUGAAUGAAACAAUGACAGCCGACGAUCAUGUUGAGAUUCGAGACCAUUUUGCGGCGCAAAGACAACAGCUACCCCCGGUGUUUAUCUCCACACCUUAUGAUAAAGAGAAUUCUGUUUGGACUAAGGAUUCCAUAACCAAUCCGACUUUGGCUCGUCUUGUUGCUUUGGCAAAAGUUUCCAGAGAAAUUAUGGAUGCCGAACUGCAGAACCCAGUAAAUUUGAAGCAAAUAUUCCGACCUCCUCUUGAUGACUACAAUGUAUUGAUUGAAUUGGAUCCCCAAUUGUUGCCAAGACAUUACCAGGCUGUGGACACGAGUGUCAUGUUGAAGCCACCCAAGCCCAAGACAGUCGUACAUAAAGCGCUACCAGUCGUCAAUUUCGAUCCUGCCAUGAUUUAUUUAGAGGAAUUACGGAGCUCAUUCUCAGAAAUUGCGUUGUUCUUUUACGACCAGCACGGUUCUACUGUAAUUGGUGUUGUAUGGAAACCCGAUGCAUUUACUCCACAAGAAUUCAAAAUACUUGCGCUUAAAUAUAGGAUGCCCUCAUUACAGCAACCAGAAGGAAAGCCUUCAACAAAACAGUAUAUGGUCCCAAAAAUAGAUGCAAUCUUGGAUGACUUUCGCGUGAUUGGACGUGGGAUUGUUUGUAACGUCAAAGUUAAAGACAGCUGAAAGGAUGCAUUGCUCAUUCUCUAAUACCCAUCUGCUGGUCAACAAAACUGAGACAAAGCACGUUGAAUGCAGGUGUCGGAAAUGACAUUGUUGUAUAUAGGGCCUGAAAAUAUAUUCUUAUGAUAACAGUAUAGAUAACGAUGCCAAGACAUCGAAGGAAGUUGAUUCAUGAUCAAAAUUAAUUUCUUUACAAGUUUU